AUGUCAGGUAAGGUGACAUCACAAAGGUCUUCUCAAAGACAGACACCUGAAGGAGAUCAGGAAGAAAUAACAGCACAAAAGGCUUUGGAACUUUACAGAAAUGCAUUAAAUUUUAAUGUCAUAAGUAGAUAUGACGAAUUCAUAAAACAAUUGCUUUACCAUACGUCUCAUUGUGUGAUAUACAAGUUCAACGACGAAACACAGGAAUGGGUGAAGACGGAUUACCAGGGAACUUUGGCGUUAUAUUUGCGUGAUUUCAAGGUUCCACAGAACCAGGGAUUCCCACCAACGUACCAGGACUUGCAGAACCUCUUUUGCUACGGAUUGCUUUUAUUGAACAGAAACAACCCCGAGUGUUUUUCGUUAGGGCUUUUACCAAACAAAAUCAUCAAGCAUUUUUUCCCCCACGGGUUGAAUAAUAUGAACAUUUUGGAAAUGGACGUCGAGCUUAAUGACAAUUUGAUCAUCGUCAAGGACUUGGUUGGCGAUAUAUACGGUUUGUGGGUUUUCAAUGAAGACGACAGAAUGAAGUUAUACAAGUUACUCGAGUUCUGUUUGACAAAUGACUCCUCUAUGCUCUAG